CGCCUAACCAUACGAUGCCGUGUUUGACAUUUCAGAGAGCAAAUGUCUCCAGAGUCCAGAAUCGACACUCUGGAAUCUUGUUCAGCUCAGCACUCCCCGCUCCCGAACACACGAAACGACUUUGAGUUAGACUCGCUCUCUCAAACAAUUCCCUCUUUUCUCUCUCUUUUCCGAUUCUCCUCAAGAUUUCCUCCGACGACGAAUCCACCAUGGCCGGCCAGCGCAACGACUACGGCAAGAGAUCCCAUUCUCAGUCCGACUACGGGAGCGGCAAGCGCCGCAACCCGGCGGGCGACGAGACCGGCGAGCUUCAACACGGGAUUGGCAACGACGACACAGUCUACCGCUACUUGUGCCCUCUCAGAAAGAUUGGGAGCAUUAUCGGACGUGGCGGGGAGAUCGCCAAGCAGCUGAGGGCCGAGAGCAGGUCAAGUAUUCGAAUCAGCGAGUCGAUUCCAGGGUUUGACGAGCGCAUUGUCACGAUUUACAGCUCUAGCGAGGAGACCAAUUCGUUUGGGGAGGACGAGGAACUGGUCUGCCCCGCUCAGCAUGCGCUCUUUCUCGUUCACGAUAGGGUUGUGGCGGAGGAGCUAGGAGGUGGUGGCACUCGUGGUGGUGGUGGUGGUGGUGGGGGUAGUGAUGAGGAAGGGGAAGAAGAGGACGAGCUUGGAGAACUUCAGCAGAAGCAAGUCACCUUAAGAAUGCUUGUUCCUUCAGAUCAGAUUGGAUGUGUUAUUGGGAAGGGCGGCCAGGUGAUUCAGAACAUUCGGAGUGAGACCGGUGCUCAGAUUCGGAUUCUGAAAGAUGAACAUCUUCCCCCUUUUGCCUUAACUAAUGACGAGCUUCUCCAGAUUGUAGGAGAACCUACAGUCGUUAAGAAGGCGCUUCUUCAAGUAGCGACUCGCCUUCAUGAGAAUCCUUCUCGCUUUCAGCAUUUGCUUUUGUCUACUUCCAACAACCCGUAUCAAUCAGGUGGCAUGUUUGUAGCACCAAAUGCAGGUGUCCCGGCAAUGGGUGCUUAUGGAAGCUACAAAGGUGGCUGGCCAUCCUCGUACCCUGAGUCAAGAGAUGAUGGUGGAUCUGCUAAGGAUUUUGCUGUUCGUUUGCUCUGUCCAAUUGGAAAUAUUGGAAGUGUGAUUGGGAAAGGAGGUGUUAUUAUCAAACAAAUUCGUCAGGAAACUAGGGCUUCCAUCAAAGUAGAUAGCUCGGCCGCUGAAGGAGAUGAUUGUAUUAUCUUUAUAUCAGCAAAAGAGGUUUUGGAUGACCAAUCUCCAACCAUCAAUGCAGCACUGAAAUUGCAGCCUCGAUGCAGUGAGAGAACUGAAAGAGACUCUGGAGAUUCUGUCCUCACAACCCGUUUACUUGUACCAAGAUCACAGGUCGGAUGCCUUAUGGGUAAAGGUGGAUCCAUUAUUUCUGAGAUGAGGAGUGUAACUAGGGCAAGCAUAAGGAUUCUUUCAGAGGAUAAUCUUCCCAAGAUUGCCACUGAAGAGGAUGAAAUGGUGCAGAUCACUGGAAACCAUGAUGUUGCCAGUAAUGCCCUUUUACAAGUAAUGCUAAGGUUGAAAGCCAAUGUAUUUGGAAGAGAUGCUGCCUUAUCUUCAUUUCCUCCGGCUCUUCCAUAUGUCCCAAUGCCCGUGGACAUGUCAGAUGGUCUGAAACUUGGAGGCCGAGAUACUCGUGUACGUGGUGGAUACCCAUCAUCCUCUGGGACAUAUGGCGACGAUUAUCCCAAUUCAUUUGGUGAUGGAGAAACUGGUGGUUAUGGUGCAUAUGGCAGCUUGUCUUCUGGUCGAUCCAGUAGUGCUGGGUUGGCAGGCCAAAGCCCCAUGUCACAAAGAAAGCAUCAUGGAUAUUAGUUUCCAUGAUCUCGCAGCAGGUAGUUGACCUUCAGUCUUUUCCAUAGUUUUGGUAGUAACUGAACGGCAUACGAUUAGCUGUUUGUUCUCAUUUGAAGGACAUAUCACCACAAUGAUGAUGUCUUUUCCAACCAUCCUAGUUCUAGAAUUCUAAUACACCUUUCUGCCUGUGUUGCCAUCCCUCUGCAAUCUAAACAGCAACAAUCUACAUAUCCCGAAGCCUGCCCCUAUGCCCAUUUGAUGAAGCCUUCAGCCUAGAACAGAAAAAGCUCACAGAUGAACUGCGUUUGAGAAAAAUUGUACUUCACCUCGGUCCACCCCCAUGAUGCUUACGUUGGACCUUCCAUGAACUGAUGAUGCAACUGAUCAUUCAAAUUCUGGACCUUGACACGAUAUUUUAAGUUUUAAGCUGCCCAUCCCAGACAUUAUUUAUGCCUAUAUGGUAUGCUUUUUAUGUAACAGCAAUAAUAGGUAGCUCUGUGUGUCUGUAUGAUGUUUGCAAAUUAGUCUUCUUCCUUGGCUUAGAGAUACUCAAAUAGACGUUGGUUGUUGUAGUUUUCAAUCAGCAUAAUGGUUGAGGUAUUGGUUGUAUACUCAAUUCUAUUCUUUCUGUAUCAUCAUGUCAUUAUAGGUUUGCUUGAUUUGUUUUGCUUCUUGUGAGAUCUGCCUCUACUUGCUGUAUGAUUCAAACUUAAGAACUGGAACCAUCCAUUGUUUAAUAUCUUCUUCACUAUAUCUGGGCGAGGUAUUGCUUAGUGAUAUGAGGUUUAGUUAUUUGACAGUAUGAGAAGUAGUUUGUGAGUUUGAAACACAUAUCUUGUUAUGGUAUGUGUUCCGGUAUGUUGUGGGGAUAUAGCGAUGAGCAGGAUUAACCUGCGAGGUAAUUGUGCAUAUUGGGGAUGAUCUCAUUCAAGAUCUGACAACAAUGAAGGUAAAUCAAAGGGUAGGGGGGGAUUUUAUUUCUAUAGAUUGCUUCAAGUUCCAUAGGCCUCUUGGAUUGUGCAAUUUAAGUUGCUUCAUGAAUUUCCAAGCUCGUGCAGGGUUGACGUGUGGUUGAUGUACUUGGGAUGCCAAGAAGGGGUAUGUAUUUCUGCUGUCCUUCUCUAACAUUGACUACCUUUAUUAGUAACUUACACACUGAAGGGUUAUGUUUAUGCAUGUAUCUGCUCUGGUGAUGACUACUGAAGUAGGAUUUGACAUAGAUACAGUCCUUGGACUGCAUUUAGUAGCAUGAAGACAGAUACCAUCAAUUGGACUAGGUCAUGGAACCAUUGUUUCUGAUGGAGUCGGAAUACCGGAAUUUGCUUUGAUGAGUGGCCAGCAGCCAGCAGGGAGGAGGUCUCCUCAUCUCAUUUCAAGCUUUUUUACUUGGCAGGGCAUGGUGUAAAUUGGCAAACGUGAUGCUACUAGUCUUAUGUAAUCUAAUCUCUAUGGAUUUAGGUUGGUUAAUACAGUAGUAGUCGUCCG